UGUGCAACAUCUUCGAGAGCAUGCAGAAGUUGCAACACCAGAAGAAACCCACAGAUUGUGUUGUUGUGGUUGAAGAGCUAUGGUGGAAAGCUUCGAAUUUUUCAGCUCUCAAAAGAACGGGCCUGUGUCAUUCUUCAAUGUAUAGAAUCAGAAGUUAUUGUCUUGCGGAAACGGAAGUACAACACCUUUGCUCAAGAGCUCUGGUUUUGGAAAGUCUGCAUUUGGUUAAUCAGAAAGGAAAGUAGAACAGCAUCAUACGAGUUGAGGUUUGAGGACUACCAGUUAGGUGCUAAAGCUUCAAGCCCGUCAUUUAGCAACAUGAACCUAUUUGGUUCUACAUCCGGAAUUCAACAGACUAGCAACUCCAGUGUGUUUGGAACAAUAACCUCAUCUCCUUUUGGAAGCUCAACAUCUUUUGGCGGACCAGUAGCCUUUAAUGCAGCAACGAAUGCUACAUCUGGUCAAACACACAACAUAUUUCCGGUCUCAUCCACUUUACCAUCUAAUUUGGAAAGAAAUAUGACGUUAAUAGUGUGGCCAAUGAAUCUCUCAUGUGGUCUAGGAAUGUCAAUGUCUCAGACUCCUCCAUUCUUGGAUAUCCAAGAGCUUCUGCAUUUGGUGUUCCAAGCAACUCACACUUUACCCCCACAAGAUUUGAUUCCUAUUCCUUUGGCCAACCAGCAGUAUCCAUGUCAGGGAGCAAAGGCUUACUUUAUUGUCCAUUUUCUCAUGUAUUGGAGCAGAUGAUAUAAGAUUAUAUACUGU